AUGGGUUUCUCUGCGUACGAAGACCGCAUGGUCAAGCCAGCGUUGGCUUUCCGCAAUUUUCUCGACGGAGGCCCCAAAAUCACAAACAUCUACUUCAUCGCCUGUAUCUCGUGUAUUUCCGGCUUGAUGUUUGGUUUCGAUAUCUCCUCCAUGUCUGCCUUCUUGGGCCAGGACGCCUACCUCCGUUUCUUUGACAGCCCCGGAUCCGACAUGCAAGGCUUCAUUACCGCCUCCAUGUCUCUUGGUUCCUUCUUUGGUGCCAUGACCACCUCCUUUAUUUCGGAGCCUUUUGGCCGUAGGGCCUCCUUGAUGGUGUGUUCCUUGUUCUGGAUGAUUGGUGCUGCUAUCCAGUCUUCUUCCCAGAACAGACCGCAAUUGAUUAUUGGUCGUUUUAUUUCCGGUGCUGGAAUUGGCUUUGGUUCUUCCGUGGCGCCUGUCUACGGUUCCGAACUCUCGCCCAGAAAGGUCAGAGGCUUCAUUGGCGGAAUGUUCCAGACCAGUGUCACCUUGGGUAUUUUGGUGAUGUUCUACAUUUGCUUUGGCUGCUCUCACAUUGACGGCGUGGCAUCUUUUAGAAUCGCCUGGGCCAUCCAGAUUGUUCCUGGCUUGAUUUUGUUCUUUGGCUUGUUUUUCAUUCCAGAAUCUCCCAGAUGGUUGGCUAAACAGGGCUACUGGGACGAGGCCGAAACAAUUGUUGCUCAGAUCAACGCCAAGGGUAACAGAGAGGACCCCGACGUGAUGAUUGAAAUCUCCGAAAUUAAGGACCAGUUGAUCGUGGAGGAAAACGUCAAGGGCUUCACGUUCGUCCACUUGUUCUCCAAGAAGUACCUUCCUAGAACGAUCGUGGCUGUUUUCGCCCAGAUCUGGCAGCAGUUGACGGGUAUGAACGUCAUGAUGUACUAUAUUGUCUACGUUUUCGAGAUGGCCGGUAUCUCCGGAAACGCCAACUUGGUUUCCUCGUCCAUCCAGUACGUUUUGAACUUUGGCUGUACCGUGGUUGCUCUUUUCCUCAUGGACAAGAUCGGCAGAAGACCUUUGUUGCUUGGAGGUGCUGCCAUGAUGGCUGCCUGGCAGUUUGCCGUUGCCGGUCUUUUAGGAAGCUACUCGGUUCCUUACCCUGACUCUGGUAAAGAGUCUGUCACCAUCAAAAUCCCCGAUGACGAAAAGCCUGCUGCCAACGGAGUUAUCGCAUCCUGCUACUUGUUCGUCUGUUCCUUCGCUGUGUCCUGGGGUGUGGUUGUGUGGGUCUACUGUUCCGAGAUGUGGGGUGACUCUGUUUCCAGACAGAGAGGAGCUGCUUUGGCCACUGCUGCCAACUGGAUUUUCAACUUUGCCAUUGCCAUGUUCACGCCUCCAUCUUUCGCCAACAUCAACUGGAGAACCUACAUCAUUUACGCCUCCUUCUGUGUGGCCAUGUUCGUCCAUGUUCUCUUCUUUUUCCCAGAAACCAAGGGCAAGCGUUUGGAGGAAAUCGACCAGAUCUGGACCCACAAGAUCCCAGCCUGGAAAUCGGCUUCUUACGUUCCUGCUGUUCCUAUUUUGCCAGGAGAGACGGACGACAAGAUUGCAACCGAGCACCACGAUGGUGUUUUGCGCCAUUCUUCCUCGAACUCGGAUCCUGAGAAGGACGCCUCGGUGGCCAACCAGGCCUAA